CUCGCGCGGCACGCGGUUGCCAUGGUAAUGAGCGCCCAAAGCGGAGUGUUGGUUUUGUGAGUCGCUAGGGUUACUUGGCCCCAAGGCCGCCGGCUGGGGCGGCGGGGUCACCUAUGGGCCUGUCCAAAAGCAAACCCAGAGAGAAGAAAGUCGAGGAGCAAAAGAAGAACUCUACCAGUUUUGUUACAAAGUCUAAGGAGAAAGUAAUGGAGAAGGAGUCCAGGCAUUCUGAGAAGGAAGCCUUGAAUCAUCCUGCCGACAGCCUGCUGUUCGGGUUAGGGACAGCCAAGCACUCAAGGCCUUCCUCUUCCUCUGAAGACAAACCUGAUACAAAACUAAAGUCGAGCAAGAAGAGAAAUGUCAUUCCGAAGAUCAUCAUCACUCGAGCCUCAAAUGAGACACUAAUCAGCUAUGGUAUCCCUGACAGUGAAGAUCAGAGAACCAUUCAGGAACACGCUGAUUGGGGCCCCUACUACCGACACAGGAGCCCCAGCACAAUAGCAGCCUAUAACGAACACCACACAGAAUAAACGAGAGCUCCCGGUA